AUGUCUGAACAGAGGCCACGCAGACAGGAGGAGUCCAGCUCGGGCUUCAGAGGUGCUCUCCAGGGCCUUGGAGUCUUCUUGCUGGCCCAAUUCGCCAUCAACCAGUGGAUGGGAAGCAAGAACACGGCCACUCCCAGUGUGAACACUGGUGGUAUCCCCGCCUUUGCCGAUCGUCCUCAUCCUAGCGAAGUCGCCGAAUAUAGCGCGCUCCCCGAAGUCGUCGCGCCAAUCUGGCCCCUCGACAGCGCAGUCGAUCUCAGCAUCUACGUGACUCCGUCUAUGACUGUGCCGAAAUUCAAGUCGUCAGACAGUAUCCUUGUGUUGCAGGAAACAAACUUCACCAUUGGAAACUACAGCGACACCCGCGAGAUCGACACCACCAUCAAGCUCCCGAAGCAGGUCCAGCAGAAUGGAACUCUCUGGGCUCACUUCUUUUUGGGUCGUACCGGAUACCAGUUAGACCCUUCUGCCAAGGGCUAUAGUACCGCCGAUGCUGUCCAUUUCCUCCGACCUCUGAAUCAGUAUCUUCCUAAGAAGAAGACCAAGAAGCUGAAGAACCUCUUGUCGGGCCCCGAGGAUGGCGAUGACCAGGAGGAGGAUAACACCCCGGCUGUGACUACUUCGUCCUACUACCACCCCAACUUUACUCUGUCUCUGAUACCAGACUCUGGAGUUCUGAAGAUGGCUCAGAUGAACCCCGCCGCUCGCCAGUAUGUGCAGCUGGAGCGCACCGGCGCCCGCGAUGCCACUGGAAAGAAUGGAUGGUAUUAUCCGAUCGCUUUCUUCAAUACUUUCUGGCAACUGAAGACACACAUGACUGAAUUGAAUUCCACUGUCGAAUCUGUGCCGCUGCGGAUUACCGUCAACAACAUGGCGAACUGGAAGUUCACCAUCAUCAGCAGUAUUGAUGAGGGCUCAAAGCAAAGCGCUCGCCAGGCUGCCUACGGUGGUCCCGUUCCCGGCGGCGGUGAUGGAACUGAAUGGGAGAUGGUUAAGGAAAUUCUUCUGGACACAAACAUCUGGCUCCUCGCUACCACGGGUAUCGUCACCGUCUUCCACAUGCUGUUUGAGACUUUGGCCUUCAAGAACGAUAUUGCCCACUGGCGUAAGAAGAAGGAUGUUGUUGGUACUUCAGUCCGAACAAUCCUCGCAAAUGUCUUCAUGCAGGCUGUCAUCUUCCUCUACCUCAUGGAUAACAGCGAGAACACUUCUUGGAUGAUUUUGGCAAGUCAAGGAUUUGGUAUUCUGCUGGAAUUCUGGAAGAUCACUAAAACCGUCGACGUUCGGUUGCGCCCACCCCCGGCCAGCUCCCGGUGGUCGUUCCUGCCAUAUGUGAUUGUCUUCGAAGACAAGCACAAGCUCACCGAGACCGAACAGAAGACCAAGGAGUACGAUGAGAUUGCUUUCCGCUACCUCUACAUCGUAGCUGUCCCUCUGUUGCUUGCCUACGCCGCUUACAGUUUGAUUUACAACACCCACAAGUCGUGGUACUCUUAUGUGAUCGAGACACUGGUCGGCAGCGUCUACGCAUAUGGCUUCCUCAUGAUGGUUCCCAGUCUUUACAUCAACUACCGGUUGAAGUCCGUUGCCCACAUGCCCGGCAAGGCCUUGACCUACAAGUUCCUCAACACUUUCAUCGACGAUCUCUUUGCGUUCACAGUCAAGAUGCCUUGGCUCCACCGCCUGGCCACCCUUCGUGACGACGUCAUCUUCUUCAUCUGGCUCUACCAAGGCUGGAAGUACAAGGUUGACUACAAACGCGUCAACGAAUUCGGCCAGGGAGGUGACAGUGACGAGGAAGAGGAGGCUACCCCUGCCGAGAACGAGAAGAAGGAUGAAGUUGCCACUCAAUCCUCGUCCACGGCGACAUCCAAGUCGGCCACCCGCAAGAGAAAAUGA